GUGAAUGCACCUUUAGUAUCUUGUUUUAACAGCAUGGGAAAAAUCUAAGCACUUAAUUCUCACUUUUAUAUUUAAUUUAUUGAAAAUUAAUAAUUAUAAUAUAGUGCAAAUUGUAACUAAUAAACAAACAUUAAAAUAUGAGUACAGAAAUAGGGAUUGAGAACUUGUCGAUCGACGCCAACGGGGAAAUUCGAAAUGACGAUAUUGUAACACCUUGGUGUGUUGAAAGUGUGUCUGGAAAUAAAGGGAUAGAUUAUGAUAAACUUAUUGUGCGCUUUGGCAGUUCGAAAAUCGACGAUGAGCUUCUUCAAAGAUUUGAAAAAGUCACUGGACAAAAACCUCAUCAUUUUCUUCGUAGAGGAAUUUUCUUUUCUCACAGAGAUAUGCAUACCAUCCUGAAUUUGUAUGAACAGGGGAAACCAUUUUAUCUUUACACAGGACGAGGUCCAAGUUCAGAAUCAAUGCAUAUCGGUCACUUGAUUCCGUUUAUGUUUUGCAAGUGGCUGCAGGAUGUUUUCGACGUUCCCCUUGUCAUUCAAUUAACCGACGACGAGAAAUCCAUUUGGAAGAACAUUAAACUUGAAACUGCAAUUGAACUUGCAUAUUUAAAUGCCAAAGACAUAAUUGCUUGCGGCUUUAAUAUUAAGAAGACAUUUAUCUUUUCGAAUCUCGAACAUAUUGGCAACAAUCCUGCCUUCUAUCAAAAUAUGAUAAGAAUUCAAAAGUGCGUUACCUUUAAUCAGGUAAAAGGAAUAUUUGGAUUUGGCGAUAGUGAUCCUAUCGCAAAAAUAUCGUUUCCUCCCACACAGGCGGCUCCUGCUUUUUGUAGCACAUUUCCGUUUAUUUUUAAAACAUCAAAGGCACACUGCCUGAUUCCAUGUGCGAUUGAUCAGGAUCCUUACUUCAGGAUGACGAGAGAUGUAGCUCCAAAACUUGGCUAUCCGAAACCGGCCUUGUUGCAUUCGAGCUUCUUCCCUGCAUUGCAAGGUUCCAAAACGAAAAUGUCUGCCAGCGAAGACAAUUCUGCCGUUUUUCUAACGGACACUCAAAAGAAUAUCAAGGACAAGGUGAACAAGCACGCGUUUUCUGGCGGACAAGCGACUCUAGAGGAACACAGGAAACUUGGAGGCAACUGCGAUGUUGAUAUCUCAUAUCAAUGGCUUACAUUUUUCCUGGAUGAUGAUGAGAAAUUAGAGAAACUCAGAGUUGGAUAUACAUCUGGAGAAAUCUUAACUGGUGAACUAAAGAAAGAACUAAUUUUACUGCUGCAAAAACUUAUAGGCAGUCAUCAAGAAAACAGAAGUAAAAUAACUGAUGAAAUUAUAAAAGAAUAUAUGACUCCCAGAGAUCUCGGAUUUGUAUCAAAAGCAUAACGUCAUAUUAUUUCUAAUUAAUAAGUUACACAUUUUUAUAAACAAAAGAUUUUAAAACAAAUGUUUUGUUUUUAAACGGAUUUAACGAUUGUUAAAUACUAUUAGGCUAAGUUAAAAAGAGAUUAUUUUUUUAAUUAAAAUGUUCUUUUUAUUAUUAAGAAGUACUAUAAAAAAUGAGUUUAAUCGGUUACAAAAUCAAAAGAAAAUUUUUUUUUAUUGUAAAUUAUUUUUACUAUUUUUUGUGAAACUUUGAUUUGUACAUAAAAAAAUUCAUUUUACAAUUCAAAAACCUUCUUUUUCGGAUUUUUCAUGUUAUCAGCUGUGUUAAAAUAAAAAAUAACUGAUUUCCGAAUUUUUAAAACAUCAACAUUUUCAAUUUCUUGAUGAAAAUUAUUUUAUAAAGUGGAGAGACUGUUCAAGACUUAUUAAAAAUAAGAAUUGUUUAAGUUAUUCUUUCCAUAAGUAUUAGUUUCUCAAUGGAGAACUAUUUUCAAUUAGUACAUUAAUUGUUCACGCGAAGUCAAAAACAUGUCAAUUACUAACUAAUCUUUAAUUUACAUUUGUGAAAUCAGCUAUAAGUGUGAUUCUUGUACAAAAGUCAGCUUUUAUAAUUUAAAGAUUAGUAAAAUAAUUCUAAAAUGUUCAAUUUUUUGUAUUAAUUUUAAUGCUAAAAAAUAAAUGUAAUGGUUUCUCAUUUUA